AUUAGCGCCAGGGUGACUCUUAUUGUGACAUGUUUCUGGCUUUUAAACCGGAAGUUUACGUUAAGUCCGCGUUAAUGAACUUGAACACGUCGUUUUCACGCUCUAACUCUGGACGCAGAGAUGUCUGAAGCUGAGAUGGACCCAGAUGUGGCAUUAGGACUCUUUGAAGAAGGAGCCACUUUGGUUCUCCUCGGCGUUCCUGAAGGAACCGAGCUGGGUCUGGACUAUAAGACCUGGGGGGUGGGUCCACGUUUCCGUGGCAUUAAGAUGAUCCCUCCAGGAAUCCACUUCCUCCAUUAUAGCCCAGCUAAUGCUAAGAGUCAGGGCGGAGAACUGGGUCCUAAACGCGGCGUCUUCCUCUCGCUGAAGCCUCGCGAGAUCCUUUUGGCUCACUGGGACAAAGACGAGGAGGAUUUGGACUUUUCUGUGUCAGAGAAUUCAGAAGAGGUUUCUCGUGUGCGCUCCAGCCUCCGUGAGCUCGAUUCCUACCUGGGACCGUAUCCAUAUGACACUCUGAGGAAGUGGGUGUCUCUGACGGAUAAACUGAGCCAGGAUGUAGCGAGCGCGCUGCAGCCUCUGAGCGGACGUGUGUGCGCCUUCAGCGACGUGGUUCCCGAACUGCAGCUGACACACACCAAAGACAGAACCGAGCAGAACCUCCCUCGGAACGACACGGAGUGCCGGAGCAUGAAGGAAGGACUGGAUAGACUUCCACGCAUGAAGCAGAGGGAAGGAACGGAAUUCCGUUUCUCUCACAUCCCUCAGCAAACGUAUCCUCCAGGAGCCACGCCCGCUCAGAUCACACAGUGCAGCAUGGACCUCAGCUACGCCCUCAACCAGCUGCUCGAGAACAACUACAAGGAACAGCCGCUCAACGUCCUCGGCGAGUUACAGUUUGCCUUUGUGUGUUUCCUCAUUGGGAACGUGUAUGAGGGGUUUGAACACUGGAAGCAGCUGCUGCUUCUCCUCUGCAGGAGUGAGGAGGCCAUGAGACAGCGCUCUGAUCUUUACCUGGGCCUCAUCAGCGUCCUCUACCACCAGCUCGGUGAAAUUCCUCCCGACUUCUUUGUUGACAUCGUGUCUCAGAACAACUUCCUAACCUCCACGUUACAGGAUUUCUUCCAGUUUGCAGGUUCUCCAGGUGUCAACACUACUCUCAGAAAAAGAGCGGAGAAGUUUAAAGCUCAUCUGACCAAGAAGUUCCGCUGGGAUUUCGAGGUAGACCUGGACGAGUGUGCGCCGGUGGUGGUGGAGCUUCCAGAAGGAGUCACGCUGGACUGAAGCUCACACGAUGUUCUGAGAAACAUCAGAGAGAUGGACACCUCACACACACGGACGUGACUGAUCUUUUGUCCUUCAUCAUCGUUAGUGAUAUGGUUAUUGUUAACGGUGAAAGUUGCACUUGUAGAAGAAAAGUAAUGUUUUGGUUAGAAAUAAAGUCAGAAGUGAGAAGAAUUUUUUUUUUUUAAGUUGGACUCAAGUGUAAUGUUGGUAAUUAAAGGAAGCUCAUAGCUACAAGUUUAAUGUCUCCUCAAGCAGCUUUGUGGCGCUGUUUAUUCUCUUAAACACAAUCACUGAUGUGGUUUCUGACUGUUUUCUAAUAAAAACAUACUCAGUCCAGUAAAGCUUCGGUGUUGAACGCUACACCAGUGCUUCCCUUUCAGAAAGGGUUUCAGUACCAGGUAGAACCCAGUUAGGAUGGUGAAAACCAUAAAGUACCAAAAGGAACCCUUGAAGAACAUUUAUUUUCUUAGAGAUCGUGGAGCUCCUGACAGGUUCUAGAGAUCACAGACAUCAGUGAGUGAUCAUUUGGACACUUACACAGUAAAUACUUCCUCUCUUAGAAAUCAGGGUUCUAGAGUUUGUUAAUAAUUAAUUAAGCGUCGGACUUCAUUCUAAUUGGGAAACAUUUAGCUGGAGUUUUCUACACAGACCUUUAAGGUUUCCUGGCAGGACCAACUGAAGAGUCUUUGGAGAAGUUUGUAGCUUAUUUUAUUUGCAGCUUUGAGCAAAAUGGAACGUUUAAAAGCCCUCGAAGAACUUUUGUAAAACCUUAUGAUAAUGUUUUCCCCUCAGAAAGGGUUCAAACCCAGGGGGUAACUUACCUCUAAUUACCCAAUAAACCUUAAAGAACCCUCCAAGAACUAAAAAAAAUCUACAACCAAGAGCUACGUCUUAAAACGAGUCUCUGUCUUUCCAAAACGUCUGGAAGAUGUUGAAUCAUGACGGAUAUGAAACGUGACGAUUUAGACAUGCUAAUCUGUUAGCUACGUUAGCGUCUGUCACGUCUAAUCAAGUCUGAUUUGUAAUUGGAGUUAAAGAAAGGUUAAAAGUCUCGGUUUUGUUUUUGACCACAUUGUAAUUUAAACAAUUAAAUACCUUUUUUUGUUUUGUUAAUAAAAGUCAAUUUUCUUCA